AUUAAGCUUCCUGAAUGUUGCAUUCUCGCAAUCUAACAACAAUAUGUUGUGGAAAUACGUUUUUUGUAACCAGAAGACGCAGUUAAAUUAAUCGACCUAUUUCAAACCCACAGCCAUGAACAAGAUAUCGAACGUUGUGUAUUCGGGUUGGAUGGUUAAGUCUCCACCAGAAAAGAAGUAUCGCCUGACUGGUCCAUGGAAAAUAUUCCGAGCUGUAAGUCAAUUUGCCCAAGAUGCUACUGACACCAACAAGUGGAAGCGACGUUUCUUCGUAUUGUUCAAGCCAGCAAGUAGCCUUCCUCACCAGUACCUCCUCAAUUACUACACAGAUGAGCACUGUAAGAAACUCAAGGGAUGUAUAGACCUUGAGCAUUGUGAGCAAGUGAUUGAAUCUCUCGACCUUGACAUAUUUCCCUUUCUCCUGGCAUUAAAGACUUUCCACAAGGGCAGGGAACGGACUUACUUUUUGUCUACGGAUACAGAAGAUGAGAUGACCACUUGGGUCCGCAACUUGUGUAGUGUUUGUGGCCUCAAGCCAGAGGAGAGUCCAGAUUUGCCCCCAGAAAAACCAGACCAUGACAGUAGCAGUGCCAUGGCAGCACCUGUGGCUGUGGUGCCACCCCGUCCACAUAGGUCCCAGACAAUGAUAUCCCAGCCACAGUCAGAUCUGGUGAAGAUGAGAGGACGAUCUAUUGGAAGAACUAACUCUAAAUCUGGUUCUCACUAUAUACCACUCUCAGAUUGCCUUAGUGAAAAGUCUCGACGUUCCAGCAUACCGGACGAGGUGGCGCCUCCACCUCCACAGAAAGCUCCUAAGGCUCCUGCCCCUCUCCCAGAGGGGGAUGACAAUGUGUUUCAACAACCUUAUGACACACCCAAACAGCGUGUCAUAGAGGAUGACUCUGACUCUGCAUUUGUGUACAAAGUGCCUCCACCACGGAGAGAGGAAGGGUCCACCCUGGAGGUGUAUGACAUCCCACCUCCAGCACGUCAGUCCCCAAGUACUCCUCGUUCCUCCAGCAGUGAAAGCCAGAAGGACUCUGCAUAUUCCUCCCAAUCUGCCUUGACAGGCCUCACCUAUGACUACCCCCCUUCCCACCCUGACCGGGGGCCUGUAUCUGAUGAAGUGUAUGACUUCCCACCGCCCAACCCACAGAUGAUACACUCUCAGUCAGACGUGCCCCCUCCUCGACCACCCAAAGCCUCUACUCUGAACCAAGAGCCCUAUCAGAACUUGCCCUCCAACAGUGUUGUUGUAAAGGAACACACACAAACCAGUAUGGAUUUAAAUGUUGUUGUACCACCCACAAUGUCAGAUGGAGCCCCAGUGGGUCAGAGUUAUGAUGUACCACGGGCACAGAAUGCUGUUCGCAACCUGUCUCUUUAUGACAUGCCAAAACCACAACAGAAUGGUGUACCCAAAAAAGACUCAAGUCUAUUGGCUAUUCCCCCUCCUCCACAUUCUUCUUCUGGCAUGUCAUCCCAUAGUUAUAUCAAUGCUGGCCGUAGCUAUGUUCCCAUCCAGAAAGACAAAGUGGAGGAUGCCUACCUGCCUAUGGAGCGUGCCUUCCCUCCAAGUGACUCUUUAGACCAUAGUGCAUACUCUGACAUGUCACGAAUACCCACGUCUCCAGUGAAUAUGAAUUAUACAGACAUGUCAGCAUUGUCGCCAGAUUAUGAUACUCCACCCAAACCUGGCCUCCCUCCAAGGAUAUCCCCUCGGACUAACAAUGACCACGCCCAUGAAGGGAUGACACGGACAGAAGGUGACACCUACACAAUAUUUAGUAAUGCGCGAACACGCAGCUUCAAGCGUAACAACUGUAUCGACCACAGUGGCAGAGUAGAUGCUCCUACAACGCUUCGAGUCCAGUUGCCCUACAUGUCAAAUAACCGUCACCCAGAUUUUUCGACUAGUUCAGAAGAAGAAGAUGAGCCAGUACUAGGGGACCCUUCCCAAGUAAUGAUGCCUUAUAGUGUUCUGACUGGCCAAGGAGGACAUAGUUCAAGUCUGUGGAGCAGUACACCCCCGGCACCAAAGCAACAAGAGGCAGAGCUUCAAUACCUUGACCUCGCUCUCGAUGACACAUCAGACAAGGAAGCCAUGCGAUCACCGCACAGCCACACCGGACAUUCCACACCCACAGAGUACCGUGAGAUAGACUUUGUGAAAACACAGGCACUAAGUGAUGUCAAAAAGACUGUUGACAAUCAGCGUAAACAUGAUGACCAAUGACCUCUGCCUGUAACCUCUGGUGUAACGGCAAGAGGACUUUUAAACUGAGGGAUUAUGCUGUUUAUGUUUCAGAGAGGAUGAAAUCAGAACUGUUACACUUGUGUUGGCUAAUUCUGUUUUGUGUCAUUAUGAAACUGUUAUGCUUUCUACAUGAUGAUGCUGGCUAAUUAUUGACUGAUGGGCAGUCAAAGAAGGUUCUCUCUGUUGCACACUCAUCAGUGUUAUCAAAUAUCAGAAAGUGUUCUUUGAUGUCAGAUGCAGGUUUAUACUAAUACUCACCAGACUAGAAAACACUGGUACCUGUAUCAGAGUGUUUCACACUGCAUAAAAAGAGGAUAAUACCAGUGUAUUUACAUAUAAAGUGCAGGAUUCCUACUUCACAAUACAGUCUAGUUACAAGUGUAUUUACAUGUAAAGUGUGGGGUAUCUAUUUCACAAUACAGUCUAGUUACAAGUGUAUUUACAUGUAAACUGUGGGGUUCCUACUCCAGUCUAGUUACAAGUGUAUUUACAUGUAAACUGUGGGGUUCCUACUCCAGUCUAGUUACAAGUGUAUUUACAUGUAAACUGUGGGGUUCCUACUCCAGUCUAGUUACAAGUGUAUUUACAUGUAAACUGUGGGGUUCCUACUCCAGUCUAGUUACAAGUGUAUUUACAUGUAAACUGUGGGGUUCCUACUCCAGUCUAGUUACAAGUGUAUUUACAUGUAAACUGUGGGGUUCCUACUCCAGUCUAGUUACAAGUGUAUUUACAUGUAAAGUGCGGGGUUCCUACUCCACAAUACAGUCUAGUUACAAGUGUAUUUACAUGUAAAGUGAGGGGUAUCUACUUCACAAUACAGUCUAGUAACAAGUGUAUUUACAUAUAAAGUGCAGGGCUCCUACUCAACAAUACGAUGUAGUUACCGGUGUAUUUACAUAUAAAGUGCAGGGCUCCUACUCAACAAUACGAUGUAGUUACCAGUGUAUUUACAUAUAAAGUGCGGGGUUCCUUCUCAACAAUACAGUCUAGUAACAAGUGUAUUUACAUAUAAAGUGCAGGGCUCCUACUCCAGUCUAGUUACAAGUGUAUUUACAUAUAAAGUGCGGGGUUCCUACUCAACAAUACAGUCUAGUAACAAGUGUAUUUACAUGUAAACUGAGGGAUAUCUACUUCACAAUACAGUGUAGUUACCAGUGUAUUUACAUGUAAAGUGCGGGGUUCCUACUCCACAAUACAGUCUAGUUACAAGUGUAUUUACAUGUAAAGUGCGGGGUUCCUACUCAACAAUACGAUGUAGUUACCAGUGUAUUUACAUGUAAAGUGCAGGAUUCCUACUUCACAAUACAGUCUAGUUACAAGUGUAUUUAUAUGUAAAGUGCGGGGUUCCUACUCCAGUCUAGUUACAAGUGUAUUUACAUAUAAAGUGUGGGGUUCCUACUCCAGUCUAGUUACAAGUGUAUUUACAUGUAAAGUGCAGGGUUCCUACUCCAGUCUAGUUACAAGUGUAUUUACAUGUAAAGUGCGGGGUUCCUACUCCACAAUACAGUCUAGUUACAAGUGUAUUUACAUGUAAAGUGCGGGGUAUCUACUUCACAAUACAGUCUAGUUACAAGCGUAUUUACAUAUAAAGUGCGGGGUAUCUACUUCAAAACACAGUCUAGUUACAAGUGUAUUUACAUAUAAAGUGCAGGGCUCCUACUCCACAAUACAGUCUAGUUACAAGUGUAUUUACAUAUAAAGUGCAGGGCUCCUACUCCACAAUACAGUCUAGUUACAAGUGUAUUUACAUGUAAAGUGCGGGGUUCCUACUCCACAAUACAGUCUAGUUACAAGUGUAUUUACAUGUAAAGUGCAGGGCUCCUACUCCACAAUACAGUCUAGUUACAAGUGUAUUUACAUGUAAAGUGCGGGGUUCCUACUCCACAAUACAGUCUAGUUACAAGUGUAUUUACAUGUAAAGU